AACAUGCGAUGCUUCGCAAAAGAAAGAUGUUGCAAGUGAGAAAGAGAGAGAGAGAGAGAGAGAGAGAGAGAGAGAGAGAGAGAGAGAGAGAGAGAGAGGUAGAGAGAGAUGGAGAGAGAAAGGGGAGAGAGAGAGAGAGAGAGAGAGAGAGAGAGAGAGAGAGAGAGAGAGAGAGAGAGAGAGAGCGAGAGAGAGAGAGAGGGAGAGAGAGAGAGAGAGAGAGAAAGAGAGAGCGAGAGAGAGAGAGAGAGAGAGGGGGGGGAGAGAGAGAGAGAGAGCGAGAGAGAGAGAGAGAGAGCGAGAGAGAGAGUGAGAGAGAAAGAGAGGGAGAGAGAGAGAGAGAGAGAGAGAGAGAGAGAGAGAGAGGGAGAGAGAGAGGGGGAGAGAGAGAGAGAGAGAGAGAGAGAGAGAGAGAGAGAGAGAGAGAGAGAGAGAGAGAGAGAGAGAGAGAGAGAGAGAAAGAAUGUUAUCUUGAAGGAUGCAAGACGACAGUACACACCGACCAUUGCAGCCUAAAAUAUUUGAAGACGCAACCAAGCCUCUCCAGGCGGCAGGUCCGGUGGAUUGACUUCCUCGAGACACACUUCCACUACGACAUCGUGUACAAGCCCGGCCACAAAAACAAAGCAGACGCGCUUAGCCGGCCUGCACACCGGAUGAAGAUCAGCAAGCCGAAAAAGGCGGGUUUGCUACAGCCUCUUCCUGUCCCAGAACAGCCAUGGCAAGUGGUAAGCCUAGACUUCAUCACCGGGCUACCAACUACCACAAGCGGUCAUGACGCGAUCCUCGUCAUCAUUGACAACUUCUCCAAAAUGGGACACUUCAUCCCGACACACACCACAGCACGCACCGAGGAGACAGCACAACUCUUUGUUCGCUACAUCAUCUCACAACAUGGCAUUCCGACCACACUCAUCUCUGACCGAGACCCUAAGUUCACUAGUAAAUUCUGGAAAGAACUGAUGUCUCUACUCGGGACCGAACUCGCCAUGUCAUCCGCCUACCAUCCGCAGACAGAUGGACAGACCGAGCGCCUCAACCAAAUUGUGGAGCAACUCCUCCGCACAGCCUGCAAGGACGACAUCUCCAAAUGGGACUUGCAUGUGCCCAUCCUGGAGUUUGCCUACAACAAUGCUACUCACGCCGCUACUGGACAGACACCGUUCUUCCUCUGCUACGGACAUCACCCACUCACACCUCAACAGCCAACCAUACCAGCCACAGUCAACCCAGUGGAAUGAGAACGAUGCCAUUUGCACUA